GAAAAUGAAGCAAUACCCCGGCUGGAUGUUUUUCUCUAGCUUUGGGAGGAGACGGUUCUCUUAUUGAUUUCUCCUGCACUCAGCUGUGGCCGCCCCCACCCCGGCGAUCACUUUUAUUUGCACUUUUAACUAAUCUGUAUCCAGUUUGCAUCUCACCCCAUUACCUUCGGAGAUCCCCAGAUCGCAUUCCGGGGAGGCUUCAGUUGGGGGGGGGGGGGUCUCGGGGGAAUGAUGUCCGAUGACACGAGCGAGAGGCCCCCCAAGCCAGAGCCGCCCCCCGCGACCGUCUACGUCCUAGUGGAGGAUCCACGUUCGACUGACGCCCUCCAGCUGCUCAGCCUCAACUCCGUGCUCCCAGAAUCUGGUAUCGUGGCCGACAUUGACUUGGAGAAUAUCCUCUCACUGAGCAGUGACAGCUUCUACGAACUCAAGAGCCAACCCAUUGGUGUCAGCCCUCCGAGCACUCCGGCCCAAGGUCCCAGCAUGUCAUCCCGGGUGCUCCUCCGGCAGCAGCUGAUGCGGGCGCAGACGCAAGAACAGGAGCGCCGGGAGCAGCAGCAAGCGGCUCAGUUCCCUUCCGCGGCCCCUGCACCUUCCACGCCUGCCAUUUCCGUGAGCCCGCUGGCUCGCCCUGCACCUGCCCAGGUCCCUGUGGAGGUCCUGAAGGUUCAAACCCACCUGGAGAACCCCACCAAGUACCACAUCCAACAGGCGCAGCGGCAGCAGGUCAAACAGUAUCUCUCCACUGCCAUGGGCAGCAAGAUGGCAACCCAGGCUUUAGUUGGGGCUAGCCCGGGGGCACCGACAUGCUCCCCGCAGGCAGCGUCGGCUCCUGAGCCCCAACAUGGCUUGGCUCCACAGCGGGGAGUGGCAGGAGGCACUGGAAGUGCUCCUAAUAGCCCUAUGGCUAUGCUGAACAUUGGCUCCAGCUCUGAGAAAGAGAUCGAUGAUGUCAUUGAUGAGAUCAUUAGCCUGGAAUCCAGCUACAAUGAUGAAAUGCUCAACUAUGGUGGCCUACAGAUGCCCAGCACUCUGCCUGUCUCCGGAAACCUCCUGGAUGUGUACAGCAACCAAGGGAUGAUGGAGCCGGCUGUCACGGCCAGCAACUCCUGCCCCGCUGACCUGACCAAUAUCAAGAGAGAGAUGUCAGAAAAUGAAACCAAAGCGUUUCUGAAGGAAAGGCAGAAGAAAGACAACCAUAACUUAAUUGAGCGGCGGCGACGGUUCAAUAUCAAUGACCGAAUCAAAGAACUGGGGACCCUCAUCCCAAAAUCUAAUGACCCGGAGAUGCGCUGGAAUAAAGGAACUAUCCUGAAGGCCUCGGUGGAUUACAUCCGGAAGCUGCAGAAGGAGCAGCAGCGCUCGAAGGAAAUGGAGAUCCGGCAGCACAAGUUGGAACAGACCAAUCGUAGCCUGCAGCUAAGAGUGCAGGAGCUGGAACUCCACGUCCAGAUGCACGGGUUGCCUUUGACUUCCGCGCCAGGGCUGCUGACGCAGCCCUUGGGAGGUGACCUGGCGCCCUCGUUUGCAGACUCCCUGGAUCUGCCCUUCUCAGCUGAGGAUCUGGGUCUGGGUCUUGCGCUGGGAUCUGACGGAGCCCUCCAGGAUGUGCUCAUGGACGAUGGGACCACCCUCUCCCCGCUUGGCGCCUCUGAUCCGCUACUCUCCUCUGUCUCACCUGGGGCUUCCAAGGGCAGCAGCCGCCGUUCCAGUUUCAGCAUGGAGGAUGAUUCGUGAUGGCAGCACUUGGGACUUUGGUGAAGGAGGAGCUGGAUAAGGCUCCGCCCUACACUUCUUGUCCCACCCCCUACUCAGACUUUUCCUCUUCUCCUGAUCCACCUCAGCUCUUGGAGGCUCCUCCCCUCUGCUGCUACAGGCCACGCCCCUUCAGAAGUACCACUUCUUUCCCCAACAUUCCACAUUCUGAAAGAGUUUCCCCUCUGCCCAUUCACCAAGGGGGAAGGACAUGGUGGAUCUACUCUCCUCCCAUGGAAAAGUGGGCUUUUCGUACCAAAAUCCUCCCUAGAAGUAGUCGAAAUAGGGUAACCCGUCAUACAAGUGCAGGACCCUCAACCUUCUGCACCUACGCAAAGUUCAGAAACUCUGGGAAUAGUUAGUGUGUGCAUUUCUUGAAGACUGCCCUCUUCUAAACAUUAGUAGGGCGUUUCUUUAACACUGUGUGAGGAGUGUAUAGACACAAACCUUGGUUCAGUCACUCCAACCCUUGCUUUUUAUCCUUGCACCUUUGCUGUACAUAAUUUGGGGAAAUUGAGGAGGGAGGCAAAAUAAAUGGCCUCCAUUUGGAAGACUUUGCAUAGUUCCUGUUCCUCCUCUCUCUCUCUCUCUUUUUAAAAUGAGCUUUGUUUUAUAUAGAUACAGGACUUUUUUUAAUUUGUAAAUCUUGUCCUUUUACUUCUUUUAAAUUUGAGGAUUCAAGGUUUCACCAAACUGCUACUUAACAUUUGGUGAAGGCCUAACUUUUUAAAAUUAUUAUUAUUUUUGGCUCCCUCUUCCAGUACAGACCUGGCCGAAAGAAAAGUGACUGACCCUCAUGAUUUCUUUGUGGGAAAAAUAGAUGUGGGUGGAAGGAGGGGAGAGAGAAAAGUAGAGAAUUCUUUAGUGCUUGCUCAUAUGAUCACUUAAGAGUAAUGACUGCUCCAAUGGGAUUUAAUAAUCACCUUCCUGGUGUGUGUGUUUUUAAAACAUAAAUGAAGUUAUAAUCAAUGGGAUUUUUAAAGGAAUUUUUGCAUACCAAAUGGACAUUAUGAGAAAUGCAGAGCAAAUGAGAUUGUGCUGUUCAUUGACUCUACUAGUCUUUUGAAAAUAAUGGAAGCAGGCUUUUGUAUGACCUCUUCUUUGUCAGGUGCUCGAAAGGUGGUCAGGAUUGCUGCAGAGACAAUCAUUUGGGCUCCAGCCUAAGCUGUGUGUAAAUACUCUGAAACAAAAGUGGUCUCUCUGGAGGAGUUGUUUCAAAAGGUUAUGUGUCCUUUAGAACGUGGGUGGGCAACCUCUGGCCCAUGGCCCUAAUCCGGCCUGCAGAGGUUGUUCAUUGGUCUUGCUGAGGCUUUAGAACCCGUGUUGUCGGAUGAAAAAGGCUGAAAAAUAGAACAAGGGGCCUUUGUCCUUCAGGAAGUACAUCUUUGAAUGGGGGAAGAGCUACCUUAGAGUGGGCCUGAAGUACUUUUUUAACCUGCUGAAGGACUGAUGUUGGGUUUGUGAUUGGGGGAAGUAUUAUGCACAUCCAAUCAGCUUCUGAGCUGAGACCUUCUUGAGCAGGAGGCGAGAAGUUGGGUGUGGUUGAGAUUGAUGCAAACUAGACCCUGUGGCGGUGUUUCAACAUUGCCUCAUUUGUAAGAAGAGAGGAUAGAGGACAGAGCAGAUUGGAAAAAUAAGGUGAGACAAGUGGUGGCAGAUUUGUGCAAGGUAUUGGGGCUGAUUGUAGUGUUCAGGGGAUGAAAGACGGAGAAUUGCUGCCUGCCGAAAAGAAGGUACUAGUUUUCCUGUUGUGGGUUUUACACCCUCAGUGACCCAGACACCAUCUUCUGUUCUUUUACUUUGUAUGUUUAAACAUUCCCACUACCAAUACUAGAAGCUUCUAAACAAAUAAACCAGCAACCACCAUUGUCUAUA